GUUAAAAUGGUGGCGUGGCGUGGCCUUCAAUCGUAAGGAACUAGAGGAAGCUUGUAAGUGCAGGGGGUUCAAAGUUAUGACUGGAACUUCGGUACUUCAUUGAGAAUACUAUAGUACCUAUGAAGUGAUGGUACAGAGUGCUUGCGUCUUGUUAUUACUAUCAUCAAGAGUACCUACUAUUCUCCCUAGUAUAAUGGAUGUAACCGCCCGAGUCAACCCAACAAGAAACAACUUUCUCAUCUGGCGGCAACAGCUUCAGGGGCAUGAAAUGCGUCACUCUCACAAGAUAUCGAGCCCAGAUAAUACAAGACUCAGAGUCUUUGUUUCAAAGACACCAUGAAUGAUGACAAACUCUGAUUGGCUCCCUCGAAGACGCUGUAAGCGCCCGAGGACUCGAGCUAAAGCUUGGAAGCCAUCAAAAACGGGGCCUCGGGAAGAG